CAAACUUUUACAUAUUGAUAUAAUAUAUAUGAAUAUAUAUUGACGAAUUUUAUUUCUGAGAGAUUAAAAACAAAAAUACCGUAUGGAAUAAAUAUCACAAAUGCCAGGUCAGGGAAAAAGUAAAAAAAGAAAUGGCAGUAACAAUGGCAGUACAACAGCUAAACCUGGAGCAGCAGCUACUACGGCAGCUAAUAAUAAUGGAGGAAAAGGUUCGAAAAAAACUAAACGAAGUGGAGGUAAAUCGAGAUUUACAAUGGACAUUUUCAAUGAAGAGGUGAUGGAAAAUGCGUACUAUACUUGUCAUAAUAUAAUGGACGUUUUGAAAUGUCGCGGAUUCCCAUGGCCAGAAGCCCAAAAGAAGAAAAAGAAAAAGGGUAAAAAAUAG